AUGGCUGAGUUAGAACGUCCACGAAUACGUUCGGAAAAGAAACAAGUAAAAGAAAGAACUACAGAUGAUGAAGAAUCACAAUUAGAAAAUCGUCUACGUGAUUUAAAAGAAUUUUUUGAAGAAAGAAAAAAUGAAACUAUUGAUGAUACAAAUGUAAAUACAGAAGAAAUCUCCAAUGAUAAUGAAGAAGACAGUAAUGUACAGACAGAACAGAUCAGUGAAGAACCUAUUGUAAAUUCAGAAAUAAAUACAAAUGAACAUCAUGUUGAUACAAAUAUUUCUGACAAUGUAAAUGAACUUCCCAUUGAAUCUAAUCAAAUGAUGGUUACUGAAGAAACCAAUACACCAUCAAUAGCAAUCAAUGAUAAUGAAAUAACUGAAACUAUAACUCCAAUUGAAUCAACUGAAGAGCAACAUGAAAUAACUACGACGAAUCAUACAAUUGAAGAAGUAUCUCCAACAACUAUAACUAAUUAUGAAAAUUCUUCUUUUAUCUAUCCACAUUUAUCAUUAUCAUUAUGGUCUCCAGCAACAGCACCAUUAUCAUCAUUUGAUAUUGAAAUGAAUGGUACACAAAAUGAUCCGUAUUCUUUUGCAAAUUUUAAUCCAUCUCUUCUUCAACUUGAAUUACGACAAACUUAUUUACCAUUUAUAAAUAUAACAGAUGACUAUUUUCUUAGUGAACAUGAAAAAUUUAUUACUGAUAAUCCACGUUAUCGUUCAUCAAUAACAAAAGAAGAUACUGAUAUAACUCAUACGAAUGAAGAUGAUGAUGAAUUUUAUUUUUUAAUAUCAUCAUUUUAUGAUAUACGUACAAAAAUUGAUCAUUUAACAAAUGAAUAUGAUGUUUUACAACGUAAAAUAGCAUCAUUAUUACCGCAUGUAUGGUCAUUUUCAUGUGAAAAAAUCGAAUCAGGUUCAUAUUGUGGUGAUAAUGUUUAUUUAAAACGUUCAAUACUUUAUGAACAAGCUAAUUUUGAUCGUAAUUUAGCUAAAGAAAUUGAAGAUACAUUAAAACAAUUACGUACAAUAAUUUAUCAACAAUAUGUUGCAUUAAAAUAUGAAACAUUAUGGUAUAAAAUGAAAAUUGAUACAUAUAUUAAUAAUUUAUUAUUAGCAAAUAAAACAACUAAAAAAUUAUUACAUACUAUUGAAGUUUUAUUUAAUUUUCAACGUUAUCGUACACGUGAUACUCUAUUUUAUACAUAUACAAGACAAUUAUUAAAACAAACAAUUGAUAUUGUUUAUAAAUAUGGAAAUUAUAAUGAAACAUUAUUUAUUAUUAAUCAUGUUCUACGUUGUCCACCUGGUAUACAUCAAUGGGCAACAAAUUUUGUUCGAUUUUUAUUACCAACAUCAUUUGAUAUACUCUGUUCACCAAUGUAUAUACGUUAUGUUGCACAUUUUCUUGCAACACUUCUAUUUCCAAUAAAGAAUCGUGAUAUAUUUCUUCAAAAUUGGUUAGGUGAAAAUGGCGAAACAAUACCACAAAUCUCAACAUUAAAUACAGUAAAAAAUCAACAACAAUGGAUGCUUAUUGAUGCUGAUGGACAAGAACGUGCGGCAUUACUAAGAUGGGAUACAUUAAAUGAAGAUGAUUUAAUUGCGAUAUUAAAUCAAUUUAAUUUAAAUUAUUUAAUGAACGUACUUUUUAGUUUAAAUGAACAAAUAAAUCAAAAACAACAAAAUGUAUCAUAUGAAAAUACAUUACGUAUAUUGGCAAUAUUGGAUUUAUUUGUUGAAAUACUUUGUCGAGGUUUUGAUACCUAUGCAGAUUCACAAUAUAAAAAUUUUCAUAAACAUAUUGGAAAAAUGAUCAGGGAUUGUGUUCAUGUAUGUCGAUAUCAUGUUGAUGGUGUACUUCAACAUUUGGAUAAUGAUGAUAAAAUCCGUUUAAGAGAUCAUUAUUUUGCAUAUAUUUAUCGAUCAGUAGAAAAUAUUAUUCGCCAAUGCAGAAAUGUUCGAUGGAGUUUAUUAUCAUUAUUUGCACUUUUUGAUCUUCCACAAUCUUUACAAUAUCGUUUACUUCAUUUAAUUUGUUCAAUACCGGAUGAUGAACCUGUAACGGUUGAAACAAGUGCAGCUGUUGAUCAAAUGUUAAAUUCGUCAACACCAAGUGAAGUUUUAUCCCUUCUCAAAGUUCUUCAUAAUCUAGGACAAACAGGUGAUGAAUCUGGUCAAAUAUCUAAUGUUAUUUUUUAUAUCACAUGUCUUCAUCCUAUAUCACGUGAAUAUUCAUUACGUGAUGGUCGUUCAAUUCUAGCACAUUUUGCUUCAUUACGACCAACAAUUAUAAGUCAUCUAUUAAAAUUAUCAUCAAUACAUAUUGAUGCUGUUGGAAAAGUUUUAUUUGGACUUUUUCGUUCAUUACCCAUGGAGAUUUGGAUGCCAAGUGAUAAUGAUUUAUCAAUUAUUGAAAAAUGGCUUGAUGACAUAUCACAAGUAUCUAUUGGAUUUCAAUUAGCACUUCAUAUGAUUGAUACAAUGAAUUGGCAAGAUUUACCAGAUAAACAACAACUUUGUAUACCAUAUACUAUACAUUGUGAAGUAGCUUUAAUCUUAUUAAAAUUACAUUUAAAAUAUUGUGAUAAAUUAUCUGCAUCAAAAGAAGAUCAAUUACAACUUCAAAAUUUUACAAAAAAUACACAAAUUAAUCUUGAUCAAUGGAUAUGGACAGCUAUUCUUCGUUUACAAUUGAAUCAAUCUUGUCUUUCUAUUGAUUCAUUUAUUGGUAGUAUGAAUCAAGAACAUGUUGCUAUUGUAAAUCAAAAUCAAAGUCAUUUGUCAACUGAUAAUGGAAUGUCAGAUGAAGCUAUUAAUGAUAUUCGACGUGCUAUUGAACAAUAUCAUAAUCCAGUUGCUUAUUACAUUUCAUUCGGUCUUGAUCAACCAGGUGUUAGUGCUGCGGGUUUCUUUGAAAAAGGAAUUGAAUAUUUAUUUCAACUUGUACAAAAUAGCAAAUAUACUGGUGCUAUUCGAGUUCUUCAUGAUAUGUCAGGAAUUUUAGUGCGUAGUGUUGAUUAUCUCAUUGAACAUGUUCAAUUUAUGACAACAUUAAAAACAUUAUUAAAUGCAUCUGAUACGUCAAUGUCAUUAUUAAAAACCGCUUCAUCUUAUCUUAUUCAACAAAAGACAUAUGAUGAAACAACAAAUGCAAAAUUAUUAACAGCUGCUAUUCUUGAUUUACUUAUAUGGCUUGAAGAUAAUCCUAAAUCUCGACGUUUAGUAUUAUUACUUUGGUUUAAAUUAUUAACUGCAUUAAAAGAUUGGAAUAAAGACAGUUCAAUAUUAUACGUUCUUGAUAAUCUUCUUGCACAUUCAUUUGUACACGAUGUAAUGAAUAAAGAAGUUACUGAUCAUUUAUUUGAAUUAGCUGUGUCAGCGCUUAAUCCACGACAAACUCAACCAGUAGCACGUUCAGGUGUUCUAUCUUGGUUACCAUUACCAUCAUCAGUUACAUCUACUCAAACAUAUUGGUCAUCAUUAUCAAUUGAUUCGUCACUUUUAUCUCGUUAUCCAAUUGUUAGUUAUUAUUUUUUGAAUGCAGAAAAUUCGUUUGAAAUCGAUCAAAAUGUUCUUGUUGAAUUAAAAGCUGAACUUGAACUAAAUCCAACUAGUAAAGUUGAUCAAAUUUGGAAGAAAUUAAUUCAACAACGUCAUUAUCCAUUUAUUCCUCUAACAAGUUUAUCAAUCUAUCGUUGGGGUACAAUGGCAUGUGAAAUGCCAGUUACUCAUUCAUUGUUACCACUUGUUUGGGAAAAAUUUUUUACUAUUUAUUUAUCAAAACAUGAAAAUUGUCUUCAUCGUGUUGGUUAUCGUUUAUUUGAAAGUCCAGUUCAAACAACAUUUCUUAAACAAAUGAAACGUUCUUUAUGUCAAGCAAGUGAAUAUUAUUCAUCAUCAAAUUUACCAUAUGCAAAUCAAUUAUCAACAUUCUAUCAUUCAUUAUCAUUAUGGAUUGAUGAACCACGUUUACAUGAUCCACAAUUAAAUAUACUUUCAUUACCACAACAAUAUGAUAAUGAACGUUUAGCACAUUUAUUUAAUGCUGAUUAUCGUAUAUUUGAUAUAAAAUGGCUUGAAUUAGUUGAUUUAAGACAAAUGUAUGAAACAUUAAUUAAAUUUACAAAUGAAUUAUGGUUAAGAAAACGAAUAAAUCAUGAAAAUAAUCAAAGCGUAAAUACAAAUCAACAUCGAUCAAUAAUGACAUCAUCACAAAAACUUGUUGAUCUUGUUUCUAAUGUUCAACGUCCAUCAAUACAUUCAAAAAUGCCUGUAUCAAAUCCUGAACAAAUAUCUGUAUCAAAUCAACAAAUCUUACCAAAUGAUCCUAAUGAAAUAAAAAAUUUAUUUGAAACAGAAUUAAUGAAAAUUAUCAAUUGGUUACAAACACAUUGUAAAAGACAUGAAAAACAAAUUGAUCUUGAUCAAACAUUAAUGAGUUUAUUACCAUUAUUAUGGAAAAAUGAAUUUCAAGAGCAAUCAAUACAAGCUUCGUGUCAAAAUGUUUUAAAUCCUGUUCAUCAAUGUACACGACCUGCAUAUAUAAUUGUUCGUUAUAAAUCUAAACAACAAUGUCAAAAUUCAAAUCAACGUCUUGAAACAAUCUUAAAUGAACAUAAACAAUUAUUAACUGAUGCAUGUCGUUCAUGUGAUAUUGAUAUGUGUCGUUCAAUCGAUUUACUUAUACAAAUUGUACAAUAUUUUACUCGACAAUUAUCAUCACCAUUUUCAAAUGAAAAUCAAUCAUUAAUUAUAAUUGAUAUUGGUACACAAUUAUUUUAUUCAUUAUUAUUAGUUUAUGAUGAUAAAUAUAAUGAAUAUAUGCAACCAUUAUCUGAACAACUCAGUUCAUUAUUUGAUACACUUGGAGAAAUAUUUGUUAAAUCAAAUCUUCGUCAACCACAAAUUAUAUUAGAAUAUAUCGUAUUAAAUCGUCCAAAUAUAUCACGUCUUAUACCAUAUUUUAAUCCAAAUUCAUUAAUACAAUCAGAAAAAUUUAUUGAUAUUUAUAAGAAAUUAUCUAAAAUGUUUACAUUUGUUGAAUGUCCAUCAUAUUUAUUACAAAUGUUUAGAAAAUUUAAUGUUAAACAAUGGUUUGAAAAUGCAUCAAAUUCUAAUCAACGUUUAUUAUUUAUUGAUACAUUAUUUAAUCAUUUUCGUUCAUUAGUUGAUAAUUUUACUUUAGCUGCUAGACGUGAAACACCACCGGGCUAUGAUGAAUUACCAUUAAUUGAACAAACAAAUCAAUUAUUUGAAAUAUCUAUUGGACAUAUGAUACAAAUACUUAAUUAUUCUUAUCCAUCACAAAUUGGUUAUUUAUUUCGUAAUCUUAUUGAAAGUAUACAAAUAAUGAGAAAGAAACAAAAAACAAUUCAACAACAAAAUAAUUCUUUAAUACCAUCAGAAUUUCAGCAAUCAAUUGAACGAGGACUUUUACCAACAAAAGUUCUUUCAGAAUUUCUUGAUCAACUUCAUUAUUUAGAAAAUACAUCAACAAUAACACUUGGUAGACAACAAAUCGAUGAAAUGAUUAAUUGGCUUCAAACUUUUGUACUUAAACAAAUUGAUGAACAAAGUGAUAAACGUUUAGUUCAAUUAUAUCAAUCUUGGCGACCUUGUUUAAAUGAAUUGACUCGUAUUUAUUCGAUUAUGUUAAUUUUAAAUAUUCAAAAACGUCGAAUACAUCAUGAUUAUAAUAUUUCUCAAAUAUUUGAACAAAUUCUAUUACUUUAUGGUCCAUUUAUUGAUCAGACAUAUUCAUUAUUUUCUCUAACUGAAUGGAAAACAAUUAUUGAUCAUCAUGGUGAUAUGUUAACACGUAUGAUAAAAACAUUUUUACAAUUAUAUGAAGAAUUAUAUGAAUACAUUAAUGAAUCCUAUCAAUAUCAACAAGAAUUUUUUAAUUGUAUAUUUCAAUAUUGGUAUAAAAUAGUAAAACAUUUAAUUACAAAUGAAUAUACACAUCCAAUACUUGAUAUUUAUCAUCGAUAUUUACCACAUUUAUCAUGGACAAAUUAUCAUUUAACCAUCGAAUGUUUAUUAAUAUUUGAUGAAUUAAUUAAUGCAAAUAAUUUAGAAAAUAUUCCAUCAACAUCAUUAUAUGAAUUUAUUAUUUAUAUUUUAUCAACUAUUGAUAUACAUACAUGGAUGAUUGAAAAAGAUGAAAAACUAACUACUGCAUUAGUACCAACUUAUUUUUGUUUAUUAAUUAAUAUUUAUUUAAGUCCACAAGCAAAAUAUGCUCAAAAUAAUGAUCAUUUAAGUCGUUUAGCAAGUCAAUGUGAAUUAAUUAAUUGGAGUUAUUUAGAAUCUGAUACAUAUCAAAAUAUUAUUAAUUCAAUUAUGUCUAAAGUUGAGCAUGAUUUUAUUCUUGCACCAAGAGCAUCAAUUGAUGGAUAUUUAAAUAGAAUACUUCGUUGUUCAUGUGAAUUUAAUUCAUCUUCAGUUGCAACUGAUCGAGUACGUACGAAACGUUUAGCUUAUCUUCGUUUAAUUGAACAAUGUUUAAUCAAUGCUAAAAAUCAACAUAAUCAAGAUGAAUAUCGUUUAAUAUUAAUUAAUUUACUUAAUGAUAUUGAAUCAUUAACAAUACAAGGAAAAGUAUCUCUGAAUGAUGAACUUGAAGAUAUAUUUAUUGAAUUAAUACGUUUUCUUAAUAUAAGUUCAUUAGGACAAACAAUAUUAAAUUCUUAUCAAAAUUAUUUUCUUGAUUGGAUUCGACAAAGUCAGAAUUCUAUUACAAUGUUACCAUUAUUUGUUAGUGUAUGUCGAACAUUAAAAGAUCGUCAUAGAAAAAUUCUAUUCAUAGAAAUUAUACUUUAUAUUUAUUUUAUGCAUGAUCAAAAAUCGAAUUGGUCAAUUGUAUUUAAUUUCUUUGAACAAAAUGAACAAUUAUUAAAUAUUAAAACUGAUGAUUACAUACAAUUAUGUUGUGAAUAUAAUGCAUUUUUAAGUUUAUAUCUUUUUUCUGAAUAUGAAUUAAAUCAUAAUAAACAACAAUUAAAUAAUAAUGAUAUAUUAAAUAAUGAAUUUAAAUAUGUUGAAAAAUUAAUUGAAUUAUUAACAAAUGGUAAAUUACGUAUUAUACAUGGAGAAGAAGAACGAGUUUUAUUAUUAAUGAUUAAAAUUAAUCAAAUUAUUAUACAUCAAUUACAAUAUGGACGAAGUACUGAUGUUUUAUUAACACGCCUUAUAAGAAAUUAUGCACAUUGGCUUUUGGCACUUGGAACAGAUAAUAAAGAGUAUGCUUAUGCUGGAAUUUUUGCUAUAAUUGGUAUUGGAAAAAAAGCUCAAUAUUCUCUCAGGUUUCGUUUGUUUGUUAAAUUACUGGGUGUCAUGCAAUUGGAACAACUAACAGAUGAACCAUAUAAAAUCCGUAUCGAUUCGAAUGAUCGUUGUCCAGAUCCUUUAUCAGCAAAUAAUUUAGUACUAAAACAAACUUUAUCAAAUUUAUCAUUAGCAGCAACAACCACAAAUGAAUACAGUGAUUUUAAGAGCGAACUUAUUCAUUGUAACAGUGAAUAUCUACAACGAUCGGAUGUAACUUUCUUUGAUGUAUCUCGUUUAAUUCAUUAUCUAUGUACACAUCUAUUCGCUGAUCUGCCUUAUUUAACAAAUGUAUCUACUCAUGACUCAUAA